AACUAUAAAGGGACAUGGCUUCAGCACUUCUGGAAUAGCCAUUACCAUCAGUGAACAACAAUUCACUUCUACAAUCAAUCCUUUGACUAUCAAAUAACAAUCAUUUGUAUCACUAUCAAUCAUGAGGUCUACCUUUUUGAUCCUUAUGGCCGCUGGUGCACUCGCUGCACCUCUGGUUGUUGAGCGCCAAAAUGCUCCUCCCCCACCAGAUGGUACCGUUCCUCCUCCUCCACCACCAGACACUGGUGCUCCUCCACCACCACCACCGCCAGUCGCGGGUGUACCCCCUCCACCUCCACCAGGUACUGAUGUUCGCCCUCCACCACCGCCAGGAGGUGGUCGAGGUGGCCGAGGUGGCGGUCGUGGAGGUCGUGGAGGUCGUGGAGGAAGGGGAGGCGCCCGAGGAGGAGGAGUAGUCGGUGGUCCUCCUCCACCUCCACCAGUCGCUGGUACUCCUCCUCCUCCUCCACCGCCAGCUGGUGGUGCUCCUCCUCCUCCUCCACCAGUUGCUGGUACUCCUCCUCCUCCACCAGUUGCUGGUACUCCUCCUCCUCCUCCACCGCCAGCUGGUGGUGCUCCUCCUCCUCCUCCACCAGUCGCUGGUACUCCUCCUCCUCCACCGCCAGCUGGUGGUGCUCCUCCUCCACCUCCACCAGUCGCUGGUACUCCUCCUCCUCCACCUCCACCAGUCGAUGGUGCUCCCCCUCCCCCUCCUCCCGCUCGCAGCUAGGUGGCUUUCACCCUUCACUGCUACUCAGGCACCAGCGUUUCAACGCAAUAUGAAAUCCUCAACGAAAUUCUCAAUUUGCAAUGAUGAGUUUGGAAUAUCAAUCUGGAACUAGGUUAGUGGUCAUUUUGGGCUGAGGAUCUUGCAGUAGGAACGCAUAAAUUUGAUCUGUUAGGACUAUCAGGUAUCCGGUUUGGGACUGGAUUUUAUCAAUAAAUUUCCUUCUUUUAUGAAACUAUCGCAGAGGCGAAAGCUAUCUUGCAUGACAACCAAUUCUUUCGCUUAGUACGAGUCUCUUUAGAAAACAGAAAACGUACAUAUUCAUUAUGGUUCCUGG